AGCAAACAUAAAAAGCCAAACUAACUCUCAAACUGUCAGUACACUAUACAUUUACCAAAUUACCCUUCCUCUUUCUGUUCUCUCUCCUCCCCUGCAACACUCUAUCUGGCCACUCAACAUUUCCUGCUCUACUUUGUUUAAAUCAUUUCUGGGUUUUUCUUCUUUUGAAAUUAUUAUUAUUACGGAGUAAUAAUUACUAACAAUAAGCUCUCAUUUCAUGAAUUCAUCAUCAAAUAAUUAUUUCUUUUCUGGGUUUUUACUUUACUUUUUAAUAUUAUUGAAAUAACAUAAUAUUUCAUGUUCUUCUUGCUGAUUUCCUGUGUUUGAUAGUGUUGAAAUUCAACCAUUUGGACAAACUUUGAAGCUACAUUUUUGUAAGGGGUUUAUUAUUUUUUAUAAAAUAAUUAAAAUUUCCCUUUUUUUCUCCGAUAAUCUCGCCCUCGUGAACUUCAAGCAACGCAGUAUCUCAAUGCUCAGGUCUGGUUUUUAGUACAUUGUAUUAUUGUGGUGUAGAUUGUCGGAAUAGUUUUCUGAAGGAUGGAGGGGCGGCGGCAUUCGGUUGAUGUACCGAUAUCAAAAACCUUGGUGGCUCUUAGGAGGGUGAGGUCAUUGAGGGAUCCAUCAACUCAUUCCAUGAGUAAAUUCUCUUCUAUAGUUGAUAGUUUACAUUGGGAUACUAAUUCUUGUAAUGGGAUUUCUUUGAGGUUUGGGAAUGGUUGUCAAGAGGGUAAUUUAAGCAAUAAUUGGGAUUUGAGUAAAAUUUUAGGUACAUGUGGAGAAGAAGAAGAUGAAAAUGUCAUGGAUUUCGAAUCGAAGGAGUACACUCCUAAAUCCAUUUCUAAGUCUAAUGUAAGCAAGAGUGUUGGAAAAUCAGGAACAAAAGGCAAACAUGAGGGUGAUGACAAAUCACCUAGUCUGAAAUAUGGUAGUGAAUAUAGGGAUAAUGGAUUAGAGUUAGCUUGUGUUUCUCCUUCCAAUGAUCCAUUUAAGGGUGUUGAUUCAAAUCAUGGUUCAACGAGGUCUACUCCAAUUCGAAAUCAGUCUUAUGGAGGAUGUAAGGGGUCAAUUGGGUCAUUAGGUGAUUUUGUAAGCCGAGGAGGCAGUCCAUCUCUUUGUGCUAGUGACACGUUGCUAGACGGAUCAACACGUAGUGCAUCACUAUUUGCAAAUGAAGAGAUUGAUGCUUUAGACGAGGAAUAUCGUGGAUGUGGGAUAACGUGUUGUUGGUCAAAAACCCCUCGAUAUAGAGACCCAUCUCUCGCUUCUGACGGAGAAGAGUAUCCACUAAUAUCAGGGGAAACAGGUGAUACUGAUAUUAUGUCAGGAACUAGAAGUUGGAAGCACAUUAACAAUGAAGUUGUUCCAUAUUCUGAAAGUCCUAGGAGUUUAAGUCAGAAAUUCAGACCAAAAUCGUUUGAUGAGUUAAUUGGACAAGGUGUGGCAACAAGGUCAUUGUUGGGUGCUAUUUUGAAAGGUAGGAUAACCACAUUCUAUCUUUUUCAUGGUCCUCGUGGUGCUGGAAAGACUUCUGCUUCAAGGAUAUUCGCUGCUGCGUUAAAUUGUCUCUCACUAGACGAGCAAAGGCCGUGUAGAUCAUGUCAAGAAUGCAUGUUGUAUUUCGCGGGUAGGAGUAGGGAUGUUAAGGAAGUUGAUCCUGUGAGAAUAAACCGAGCUGGUAGGAUGAGAUCUUUCAUUAAAAGUGCUAGUUUACCUCCAAUCUCCUCGAAAUUUAAGGUCAUUAUUUUGGAUGAAUGUCAUUUGAUUCGAAGUGAUACAUGGGCAACUCUUUUGAGCAACAUGGAGAGUUUCUCUCAACAUGCUGUCUUUGUUAUGGUCACCCCAGACCUGGAUAAGCUGCCAAGAAACGUGGUUGCACGGUCUCAUAGAUACCAUUUUCCAAAAUUAAAGGAUGUUGAUGUUACAUUUAGGCUAGGAAAUAUUUGUGUGGAAGAAGGAAUUGAGUUUGAUCAGGCUGCUUUGGAGUUUAUUGCCUCCAAAUCGAAUGGUUCAAUGCGAGAUGGUGAAAUGAUGCUUGAUCAGCUGAGUAUGUUGGGAAGCAAGAUUACUAAGACAUUAGCUUAUGAACUUGUUGGAACUGUUUCAGAUGACGAGCUGCUUGACUUACUUGAUCUGUCUCUGUCCGCGGACACUUCAAAUACAGUUAAAAGGGCAAGGGAAUUGAUGAGGUCGAGGAUUGACCCGAUGCAACUUAUAUCCCAACUAGCCAAUAUCAUAAUGGAUAUUCUAGCCGGGAAGUUCCAGGAUGAAGACUCUGAAAUUCGGAGGAAUUUCAUGAGAAGACAUGCUUCAGAGACAGAUAUGCAGAAGAUUCGUAACGCACUGAAGAUAUUAUCAGAAAGUGAGAAACAGCUGAGGGUGUCCAAAAAUCAAACUACAUGGCUUACUGUAGCUCUAUUGCAAUUGAAUUCUACAGAUCCCUCUUUCUCAGAUCCUAACGAGUCCAGGUUAUCUGUAAGAACUUCAAAUUCUGAAGCUGCAGAUGGCGACUGUAGCAGUACAGCAUCCCUUGGCGAGAGAUCAAAGCAUCUUGUCUCAUAUGAUUGCGCUGAUGAAGAAUUGCGAAAAAUGGUGGCACAAGGAGAAUGUGAAGGUGCUCUUGAAUCAAUAUGGAUCAGAGCCACUGAAAUAUGCCACUCACAUUCACUAAGGAGCUUUCUACGGAGACGAGGGAGGCUCUCUUCUGUUAGGGUCAAGAAAGAUCUGGCUGUGGCUGAACUAGAAUUUGAUCAUCCAAACUAUGCAUCAAAGGCAGAGAACUCAUGGAAACUUAUUGCAAGCUCUCUUCAAUCCGUUCUAAAAUGCAACGUGGAGCUUAGGAUCAAUCUCUCUCAUAGUUAUGCCAAAUCCAAGAGACCAUCUUUCAGUCUGUUUAGCUGUUCUCGCAGAAUUCACAAGUCAAAUACUACUGAAAAUGGAAGUGAUCGAUUGUCAGAUGCCUCCAAUUUCACUUCUGAUAAAGCUAUGAUAGGAGACAACAAGCAUGUCGAAACUUGCUCAUCCUGUGGGUCCCAGGUAUCUCAUAUAUGCAGCCACAGAAUGGUUACUAUUAUCAGAAACAGCGAUGGAAAUGCACUAAGUACUGCAAAGUCUGGUGCAUCGACACCUCACAGAGUGUCACAAGAUAGCAUGUCGAGUGAGCAUGAGAAAGUAUGCAAGAUUUUAACCGUUGAAGAGCAAGAAGUUCAGCCUAACUGCUUCCCUAAAAACAUGAGACUCAGUAAAAAAAUGACAUCGUCAGAGUCUUCUGAAUUACUGUGCUUAAAAGUCCAGCCAAAAGCAAGCAGUAGGGAAGCAUCAUUUGAUGCAUAUAUCUGCACCGACUAUCCUUACGUGUUAAGAAAUGGUAGUAACAAAAGUGACAUUUCACAGCAUGAAGAUGGAAAAAUGGAAGACUCGAAGUCACAUUGCUGGAAAACACCGCCUUUUUCAAUGAAGAAGGGUUGGCAAAUGAAGCAUCAACGGCAAAGAUCACAUCUUGUAGAAUGGGUUCUUCCUUGUACUACAGCCAAGUAAGAGUUGCAAAUAGGUAUCUACGGCUUCUAACUUUCCGGAUAUGGAGUCUUUCGUGUUUUCUAAGACGCGAAACAGUUGUAGUAAUUAGAUUAGUAUGGUUAUUAGAGAAAUUUAGACAUUAGAAAACAAGUUGGUACUAUUGUUAGUAUUGUACAUGUAUAGCUUUAUUUUCCCAUUGAUGCUAAAAUUUAGCUAUGACAUUCAAGAGACCAGCUAAUUUGAACUACUCUAGUCUUUUGAUUCAAA